AUGGAUCACCAUAGCACUUCCCGACAGCCGCCCGCCCGCCAGCCAUUCGGUGACGCAGCCCAGAGACUCAAUUAUGCCACUGUCUCCCACGUCAACCGCCGACACCAAGUCGCCGAUGUUGAGAAUCACGUCUUGUCCAAGAUCAAAAACGCCGAUCGUAGGCGCUCAAAUCCCGUUGUUACCGUCAACUAUGCUCCCGCCGAGCAGCGUACUCACCGCAUGCCUGCCCCGGCAGUGCAAGUUGAGCCUAGUCUAGCCAACCCCCGCCUCACUGCCAUCACCCAGGACACCCAAGAUGCUUCCUCUGAUGCCCGGCGCGUUUCCCAGUUCUCUAACGUCUCCUCGACCGCGUCUAGCACGCGCCAACUCAAAACUCACAUCGGCCCGUGGCAGCUCGGCAAAACGCUGGGCAAGGGAUCAUCGGCACGGGUCCGCCUAGCCCGCCAUCGAGUUUCCCAUCAACUGGUGGCAGUCAAGAUUGUGGCCAAGAGCACCGCCCACAUGACCCAAGCUGGUAGUCUGGCGAACUUGGACCACAUCGACUACAGAAAGCCCACCAUCGGUGCAGACGGUGGUCUCCGCCGGAUGCCGCUGGCUAUUGAGCGAGAGGUCGCUAUUCUCAAGCUCAUUCGCCACCCCAACAUCAUCGAGCUUCUUGAUAUCUGGGAAAAUCGCUCGGAAAUCUACCUAGUCACCGAGUACGUCGAGAAGGGGGACCUCUUCGAGUUUAUCAACUGGAAUGGCCCGCUCCAGGAGGAAGAAGCCAUCUUCUACUUCCGCCAGAUCAUGACGGCGCUCGAAUACUGCCACACCUUCAACAUAUGCCAUCGCGAUCUCAAGCCGGAGAACAUCCUGCUGAAGGCGAAUGGUCAAAUCAAGAUUGCCGACUUUGGCAUGGCAGCCCUGCAGCAGAACCCCAACCACCAGCUCCGAACGGCCUGCGGAAGCCCCCACUAUGCUGCGCCUGAACUGCUUCGUCACCAGUACUAUAAGGGCUCGGCCGUGGAUAUCUGGAGCAUGGGCGUGAUUCUAUUUGCAAUGUUGGCCGGGCGCCUCCCAUUCGACGAUGACGACAUGGCCGUCAUGUUGACCAAGGCGAAGCGUGCAGACUACAAGAUGCCCCUGCACCUUACAAGGGAGGCCAAAGACCUCGUCCGGCGAAUCCUGGUGGACCAGCCCGCGCACCGCAUUACCAUGAAGCAAAUGUGGCGACACGCACUCAUCAAAAAAUACGACUAUCUUGACGAGUACCAAAGGUGGGAUGGACAGUCUCAGGAUGCCCUGCGCACCCUGGGUACCGCGCCUACGCCGGAAGAAAUUGAUAUUCAAAUCUUGCGUCAGCUGAAAGCUCUUUGGCAUACGUACUCGGAAUCUGCUCUGCAAGAGAAGCUUCGACAGGAAAAGCCAAAUGACCAAAAGUUAUUCUACUGGCUACUCUACAAUCACCGUGAGGCUCAGCUGGAGAAUUAUAACAACAAUGUGCCGAUCUCGAAGAGCGACUUCCAUCACCUCAAACCACCCAAUUGGGGGAAGCGCAUUUCGACUUGCCAGUUCACGAAACCCGGUCGCAAUGGCCAUACCCGGACCGUGUCCCGGUUCACGGUGAUCUCCAAUGUUGCGGACGUUGACGAUGUCGGCACCGUCCGGAGCUACGAUCCCUACAAUGCAUCCCGUGUCCUGCAGCCAUGCAGUUCGCAGGUGAGCCAUGCCAAAAUCAUCAUCCACCGCAACACCCCUGAGCCGGGAGUUGGGCCGUCUCCGACCAGCGUUUCCCAUUCAUACCGCUCAUACCGAUCGGUAAAUGGCUCCUUCCGCCAGCGGGGAGGAGCUGGCUCACGGCGGACGAGCACCACCGGUCAGCUAAGAUCGCCUCACACCUCGAUGAGCUCCAUCCGUAGUCAACAGAGCAAUCCUCGUGUUCGCGCGAACAACCGAUCCAAGCGUUCCGUCGACUUUUCGAGCAUUCGCAACAAGGGUAACCAUCACCGCCGGAACCGCCAUGCGUCACUGGCCGCGCCAGCUAGCACUGCUGGUGACGAUGUCGCAUACGGCCGUGAUACGCUUUCCCCUUCCAACCAUACUAUUGACUCGGAUGCUCAUCAAGUCACCACUGCUCGGUCGAUGAUGGACGUCGGUGACACAACCGACGAUACUUUUAUCUGGACCGAGGAGCUGGAGCAACUCGGCCACCGUAUCGCUCGCGACUGUGACGAGGCUUUCCGGAGCUCCCUCCUCAUGUCGGAGUCUGGGGAAGUCGGCGCUGACUCUCGCGAAGCCAGCCCCUUCAUGCUCUCUUUGGGGACACUUCCAGUGGUGCAGGAACGCCCGGCUUCUGCGUCAGGUGGCCGUCCCUGGGACAAUAGACCGCUACCACCUGUCCCGUCUCAGAAAACCAUCUCGCCUCUGUCGAUUCGCAAGUGUGAUCCGAAAACCGAAUCUUCCUCUUUGCUAACGAAAUCCUACGAGCCCCACUUGAAACUGGAUGUCCCUGUCCCUGAGCGCCGGGCCGUUUCUGAGCCUGUGUACGACCGACGGGGUAAGGAUACGAGGCCACUGCCUUCCAUUUAUGAGAAAACGCUGGAUGAACGCGUGAGACGCAACGGCGGUAGGCACGACGUCGCUUCGACCUCUCUGGAGACACCCACCCGUGUUAAGAACAAAGGGUUGGACUUUUUGGCGAGAGCCGAGAAUACCAUACGUGUGGUUAAUUCGCCGUCAGCAAUGGGGGGUGACUACCCGGCCAAGAUCCCCGAGCCUCUCAAUGUUCGCAAAGUCUCUCGAAAAACAGGCGCUACUAAGCCAGCGGCGGUCCCCUCCGCUCAGGACGCUCAGAGACGCGCCUCUCAUGGCUCGCAACAAACGAGUCCGCCAACGGACGGAAAUGGCACCGACGCCGGCGCACCCAAGAAGAGGGUUUCAUCCUGGUUCAAACGCAACUCAAAAGAGAAUGCUAGCGGAUCGAGCUUUGCAACUGUGACCGAUAGCAGCGUCCAAUCUCAAGAUAUCAUCGUAGAUUCGCAAGCCAGUCAGCCUAAUCGCCCGAUGCUGCAGACCACGGACGAUACCUCACUCCGACAUGUGCAAAAAAAGAAGUCGUUUGGAUUCGCUUUUUGGAAGGGUGCUAAGGAUGAGGCAAAGAUGUCGCUUGCGGAUUCUGAUCCCGACGAUGUUCGCAACCGCCCUGAGAAGAUAGCAAAAAAAAGGGCCAGUAGAGAACACAGAAUUAUGAGUGGUACAUCGCAGAGCGUCUGGUCUGAAAGCGACGGGGGCAUCCGCAAGAUUGAAGUGCAGCAGAAUUGGCUAGCGCGUCUUUUCCGAGUCAAGCCAGCCAUGCGGCACCUCUGCUUCAACAUUCUCAAGCGGCGUGCUCGGCAGGAGGUGGCCAUCUUGCUUCGCGAGUGGCACUUGAAAUUGAAAGAGGUGUCAUUUGCUGUAGAGCUAAUGACGGUCAUUGAGCACGGCAAGCGCAACCAACUCAGCAUCGCUCGCUUAACGCAAGAGAAGGGCGCGGCAAGCAGUUUCCACAGGGUCGUGGGCGCCAUCAAUUCAGCGCUCUGUGCUCGCGCCCUGCUCGUCACGGAUAAGCGGAAGAUCAAUAUGAUGGUCAAGACGCUCAAUUCUUGA